AUGCUUGAUAGACUAAAUGACAGUGGUAGCUCGGAAAAUAAAGCAAUAGGAGACACGCCAGAUUUCGAAGUUCAGUUGAUUCCUUCAUGGAUCAUUUUUACAGCUGUUGAUAAUUAUCGAGUCUCCCAAUAUGCCCGUUUUAAAAUAAGAAACAAUGAUCCGGUACCUAUCGUGUAUCGUAUACGAACGAGGGAGCGCUCAUUUCCUCGUUUUUCCACGUGUCACGGAUUUUUGGAACCAAAUGAGGAAGACGAAGUGUGCGUACUGAUACCCACCUCAGAUUACUGGCCUCGUGAUCCGUCUGAAUAUGCCGGACGUCGUCACAAAGUGAUGAUCGAAAAUUUAACCGUCCCUACGGAUGCAGGCAAACCGAAGGAUAAAAAUGAAGCUAGUGCAAUUUCAACGAUGAUAUUUAAAGCAACACCACCAUUAACACGAAUGUAUACCAAACUCAGUCUAUUAUUGCCAAAAAUAAUAGACGAUAAAACUCUGGAAACAGGUACCGAAGCAUAA